UGCGUCUCUAAGUUGCUGCAGCUCGAUGCCUUUAGCUAGCUAAGCUAACGCACGCGUAGCAGAGUUACGAUAGAUAACCUGCUAACUAGCCAGUUUUCUGUUGCCUUUUGUAAGAAAUAUAAACAUGUCGGGGAUUGUAUAUCGAAGCUUAAUUCAGUUGUCCUCGAGAGCAGCUUUGACGUCGGGCUGUGGGUCUUUUGUGGCUACCCCUGUGAGACAGAGUCAUUGGUUUUCUUCAGUGCUUUCAUUGAAGAGCUCGGCGCCACUAAGAGCUGAGCCAAAGAAGAAAAAGAAGGUCGACCCUCGCCGUGAACUUUUGGUAAAAGAGCGUCUGAAGAAAAAAUUGAAGAAGCUUGAGAAAGUCCCACCUGAGCUAAUUCCUGUUGAAGACUUUAUUACUCCAGUCCAUUGCUUUGAUAAGACCAGGAUACGCAGUAAUCCCCUGCUGUCCUUUGAGGAGAGUGAGCGGAGGGACCUGUUGCUUAAAGAAUGGUCUCGCUACAAACACUCACAGCACCAGGCUGAGAUGACAGCCAUUAAGGACGCCAUAGACGCCCAGAAGCAAGCUUUAGAGGAGCUCAAGAUGGAAUCGGAGGACCUCUACAAAGCAGCAGUCAGCCCUGACACCAACCUCUUCCCCUUCACACACCAGGGUCCCUGCUACACACCACCUAUACCAAACUAUGAUCCCCCUGAUGGCAAAUAUAAUGACAUUACACGAGUGUACACACAGUGAACAUGCCCAGUGGCAGUAAGUAAUAUAUAAUGUAACUAUUUCUGGUUUGUCUUGGAAUUGUUGGAGUCAUCUUGUCUGAUUAUAAUACUAGGUAAUGGCACUGAUGCACUUCCAAAUUGUGUUGGUUUACAAUCUAAUUAGUCCAGUCCAGGAAUCUGCUGAUUAAAAAAACACAAAUAUACCAUGGUGUGUUCUACUCUCUACAAUACUGGCCUAGGUUUGCCUUAAGCAUUUUAAAACAAUGGUACAGAGAGUAUUACACAGAUGAUGAUGAUCUUAACACUAUGAUUAUUCUGGAAAACAGCAUAGUUCUGUUAAAUCAGUAUUGGCUUAUCACAACUAUUUAUUUCAAUUGAACUCCUGUGACCAUGAGAA